AAUCCGCUUGUCGUCUCCGGUCUCAGUGGUGUGUUGUGUGUUGUCAGGCCGUGUCUUUGCGUCUUUUUACAAAGGUUUGCCAAGGUUAUUUGGUAUGUUUACUUAUGACUUCAAAAUCAACACAGUGCUAUUUUCCAAACUGAAAUUAAAUUGAGCGUUAAAACUUAAGCAAUAAUUGUGUGUGGGUGAAAAAUACGCAAUAACAAUGCAGUGUAACUAACUCAUCAAGAAAUUAGAGCCAAUGACAUUUGGGACGGAAAAUAGAAUAUGGGAGAUUCCCUUAAGACUGCAGAUCCAUCCUCUGCAGCAAUUGCCGGAGCAGUUAGCGGCUGUGUGACGAGAUUGUUAUUGCAACCUUUAGAUGUAAUCAAAACACGAUUUCAGUUACAAGUAGAGCCCAUAAAACACGAUACGCUAAGUAAAUAUCGUUCGCUGCCACAAGCGUUUAGUUUAAUUGUAAAGGAAGAAGGGCUAACUGCAUUAUGGAAAGGACACGUGCCAGCUCAAUUGUUAUCCAUCGUGUACGGAAUGACACAGUUUUAUUCGUACAAUUUAAUUGUAAAAUAUGCUGAGCAACAUCCAAUUGCCCAUGAAUGGAGAAAGAGCUUGAAUUUUGCGGGAGGUGCAGCCGCAGGUGUUGUUAGCACGGCACUGGCUUACCCAUUUGAUACUGUGCGAACAAGGCUUAUUGCCCAAUCUUCUAAACACAAAGUUUAUCACGGAUUGCUACACUGCUGUCUGUCCAUAAUACGGCAUGAAUCAUCUGCUGCCUUGUUCCGGGGUAUAUUGCCAGCCAUUCUACAAAUCGCACCACACACUGCCUUUCAAUUUUAUUUUUUUGGAAUAUUUAAGGAUAUGUAUAGUAAUUUUGUUCAUGAUUCAACCACCAGUGUGACUGGUGCUUUGAUAGCUGGAAGUUCGGCUGGACUUGUAGCUAAAACGAUCGUUUAUCCAUUUGAUUUGGUGAGAAAACGAUUGCAGAUCCAGGGCUUUCAACAUGGUAGGAAGGGAUUUGGUAUUUUUUUCCAUUGCGAGGGGAUGUUAGAUUGUUUCGUAUUGACAUUCAAACGAGAGGGUAUGAACGGACUUUUCAAAGGUUUAGUUCCGAGCCAGGUUAAAGCUGCAGCAACUACAGCCUUACAUUUUACAAUCUACGAACAGACAUUAGUUUUAAUGCAAUAUUUAAAGCAAAAGCCUCAGUAGAAAAUAACGAAUAAUCUCGCUUGGCACUCCAGAUUAUAGAAGUCAAGCUGUAUUUUUUUUAGUAUUUGCCAGUGAUAUUUCAGUCUUAAAA